AUGCCUGUCGCGGAGAGUACUGCGGAACCCGAGGGUUCAGACGGCGACCAUUCAGUGAGGAGGAAUCCAGCGGGAGUUGUGGGGAGUGCUGAAAUGGGAGGUCCGCUGUCGGGUGUGGGAGGAACGGCAGACGGUGCGCACGCGCUCCCGCAUGUCGCGGCUGAAAUCACGGAUCCACGUGACGGAGUCUCGUUGGAUGCGGACGAGGGCGACGGCGCCACGUGUACGAAACUGGACACAGAGGAAGAGAUGAAAUCUCUGUCCCGCGUGAUCGCUGCUUAUUUGAACUACCCCUUUGCUGCUGAGUGGACAGUGCAGCGGUGGGAGCGAGCCUAUGCCAGGCUGCCGCCACGUCAGCAGGCUCUGCUGUCGCACCUGCCAGCCAAGUAUGCCUCCAUUCGCAUGCGUAUAGCCCACAAUGCCCGCUUUCUCACAGAAAUGCUGCAAGCGUUUGAGCCGCCUUUCCCUCCCCCUCAGUCUUCCAUGGGUCAUGAUGGGGAUGCUUGUCAACAUAGCCAUGCCCAUACGCAUGACCCCACCCAUACGCAUGACCAUGCCCAUUCCCAUGCUCACUCACACUCUGACCAGCAUCAUUACUAUCAGCAGCUGCACCACCCCGAGCAGCAACAACAGCAGCAACAGCAGCAGCAGCAGCAGCAGCUGUGUAACGAAGAUUUCUCAGUCAGGGGUCUUAUACCUGCGCCAGAAACUGUCAGGAACCUUCCUGUAAUGGAUGAGUCCAUGGAGAUGGACGGUCAACAGCACCUGAUUGAAAACGGUGAUGAGGGGAGUGGAGGAAAGGGGAAGAACAGCACGCAUGACAAUGCUACUGUGCCUUUUGAGUCGACUCAAACGUCGCCUCGUAGCAACAGUUCUAUUCCUGCUACUCGUGAGGGAGGAGAGCAGCUCACGAAAGGAGGGCCAACUGCAUUGGUUCCAGCAGCAGCAACCCAGCAUCUGUCACACGAGCUUUCACAUGAUGUAACCCGAGUUGUAACUCAGGGUGUAACUCCUGCAGCAGCUCCGAGUCAACAAUCCCCAGGUGUACCUGGGUUAUUUACCCAUGUGCCUCGGGUGUAUCCCCCUCCCUGGUUCCCCUUCCCUCGGGAUCUUCCGGACGUGCCUCCUGCUGACGUGGACAAGGUUCGGUGCGUGCUUCGGAACAUAGUUCGGGAUUGGGCGGCGGAGGGCGUGGCAGAGCGAGAACAGUGCUAUGCUCCCAUCUUGAGGGAGCUUCGUAGGAAGUUUCCUGAGCUGAGGAAAGCAGAUGGGAACAGCAGCCCAGGACAACAAGCAACUUCAGAGCAGAAUGAGAAGCAGCAGGAACAGCAGAAGCAGCAGCAGGAACAGCAGGGGCAGCAGCAGGAACAGCAGAAGCAGCAGCAGGAACAGCAGAAGCAGCAGCAGGAACAGCAGAAGCAGCAGCAGGAACAGCAGGGGCAGCAGCAGGAUUCCCUUCACCCGUCCCAUCCUCACACCCCUACCUGCCUGGUUCCAGGAGCAGGCUUAGGGCGACUUGCCCUAGAAAUUUCUUGCCUGGGAUUCGAAACCCAAGGGAACGAUUUUUCAUAUUACAUCCUCAUCUGCUCGGGUUUUCUCCUCAAUUACCCCGAGUUUUCUGGGCAGUUCUGCAUCUUUCCCUGGAUCCUCUCCAGCUCGAAUAACCUGACUGACGAGGAUCAGCUUCGGCCUGUGCUUGUCCCGGACCUGGUGCCGAGCCUAGCGGGAAUCACCGAUGGAUUCUCCAUGUGCGCAGGCGAUUUUGUGGAGGUUUACAGUCACCCAGAGCAGAGAG